AUGUCCACUUUAGAGGACCUGAGCCUGGUUUCUGCUUGGCUGCCUACUUCAGAGCUUCUUACAUCUUUUCAGGAGGCAGUCAUUGAUAAGUUUGACUACGUCUUCGCAGAGAACGGCACAGUGCAAUACAAGAACGGGCAGCUGGUCUCCAAGCAGGCCAUUCAGGACCACUUAGGGGAAGAGCUGCUGCAAGAUCUAAUCAACUUCUGUCUCAACUACAUGGCACUGCUGAAGCUGCCCAAGAAACGAGGAACCUUCAUCGAGUUCCGCAAUGGGAUGCUGAACAUCUCCCCCAUCGGCCGCAGCUGCACCCCCGAGGAGCGGAUCGAGUUCUCCGAGCUGGACAAGAAGGAGCGGAUCCGGGAGAAGUUUGUGGCAGCACUGCAGAGGGAGUUUGCUGGCAAAGGCCUGCGUUUCUCUCGAGGUGGCAUGAUCAGCUUUGACGUCUUCCCAGAGGGCUGGGACAAGCGCUACUGCCUGAACGUGCUGGAUGACGAGAGGUUUGACACCAUCCACUUCUUUGGGAAUGAGACAACUCCUGGAGGGAACGAUUAUGAAAUCUAUGAUGAUCCCCGCACGGUGGGACACAGUGUCCAGUCCCCCCAGGACACCGUCCAGAGAUGCCGUGAAAUCUUCUUUCCAGAGAGAGCAAACGAGUGCUGACUGCCAGGUUUCCCACAGCCCUGCCCCAGCCCAACCCUCUCCCCACUCCAGGAAAAGCACCUUCGUUUGAGGAAUCUGCUCAGGGUAGACCAAAAAGAAACCACUUUCUGGAGCUGGUCAGGAUGUGAC